AUGAAGACGCUUCUCCUCUGCUGCCUCCUCUGGGCCCUGCUGGAGACAGGGACCUGUGUUUCCUGUGAGGUCUGCCAGAAUAAGGGUGACAGCUGCACGGGCCCGGUGCAAGUCUGCAGCAAGGAACUGGAUUCCUGUGGGAUCAUGAAAACAGAAUCCAUACUAGGGGAGAAGAGCCUGUCCUUUGAGAAGGCCUGCGUGUCCUCCAGCCUGUGCAACCUUGGGCCUCUCUACAUGAAAUUUGGGAACGGGAUCUCCAUAAGCAGGAACGUCGCCUGCUGUGUCGGGGAGGCCUGCAAAACAGCCACUGUUAGCGUGCCCCCGGCUAACACCACCCUGAACGGCCGGCGCUGCCCAGCCUGCUUCUCUAUGUUCUCCCAUCACUGCAAUGAAGAGAUCAUCGACUGCACAGGCUCCCAGACCCACUGCCUGCAUGUCAGCGGCACAGUGAAAAGAGGUGAGACAAGUAUAAAGACCACCAUGAAAGGCUGCGCCAGUGAGUCCAUCUGCACUAAUAUUCAGCAGUUGAAAGGGGCCAUCGUGGAGUUUGAUGUGGAUUUCACCACGGCCAAAUGCAGACCAGCCUCCUCCCGCGUGGCCACUGUGGCUCCAGAAGCAGGCAGACUCGUCCUCCCAGCCCUCCUUGCCGUCCUGCUGGUGAACGGCCUCUCCUGAUCCCCCCUCCUGCGGCACAGCCCCCCUGCUCUGGGGAGCCGCGCCGCUGUGGCAGGGCUCGGAUUCACUGUCCUUGGAACGGGAUUAACAGAAUAAAACAGACACAAGAAAACUGGAUGGGAGCAGGUGUCUGGGUGAGUGUGUGUCUGGGAGGGGGAUGGAGGAGGGGACUUGGAUCGUGUGUGUGUGUGGGGGGGGCAGAUUCUUGGAUCAUGUGUGUGUCUGUAAUAGCAGAUCUCGGAUAUUGUGUGUCUUCCUGUGUGUGGUAAUGAAUGUUUGACUCUGUGGCUAUGUCUAGACUGCAGGCUUGUUUUGGAAAAAGGUUUUCCGGAAGAGAUUUUCUGGAAAAACUUCUUCUGAAAGGGAGCAGCCACACUGCCAAAGCACAUCGCAAAAGCGAUCUGCUUUCUCGACAGAUCGUGUGCACACUGAAUGGACGCUGUCUCGCAUGUAAAUUGUGGUUACUGUGGGUGGAGUGGCUGACAGGGCGCCUGUGCUUUUCCCUGUUUCCUCUUGUUGCGAAAGAAUUCCCUCUUCCUCCUCUGCACGGGCCUUUUUCCAGAAGAGCGCUUUCAGAAACAGGCUUCUUCCUCAUAGAAUGAGGAUUAGCGAUG